AUGCGAUUCUUUUCAUCUCGACAGCGGCAACCGCUCAGCCUGGCGUUGCUCACUUUGCUCGGCUUGUUCACAUUCAGCCUCCCCGAGGUACGGGCAGAAGAUGCCUUGAACCGUACAAGGAUGUUGUACACAUCGUCGGCAUCGUAUUGUUCCGCACCUCAGGUGCUUCUGGUGAACACAGUCAAUCUGACUCUCUUUCCGGAUAAUUCGACACUGGAGAUUGCUCUCUCCGCUGGAUCAGUAGAGAGCGACGUCAACGUCACCAUUGGCGUAGAUGUGAUAGCGUACAGCAAGUCCCUCCUCAGCUUCUCGCUCGAUCUCUGUUCAGUCGCGGGGGGGGGCGGUGAAUAUCCCCUCCCUGCAUCGAUUUUGAGCGGGGUGCCAGAUAUCGCAUAUGCUGUGCCCGAUCUAGAGGCAGUUGCGACCUUGACGUUGACUAGCUCGACGGGCGAAGAAGUCGGCUGUAUCCAGAUCACUUUGUCAAACGGCAAUACAAUGGAGCAAGAGCCUGCAAAGUGGGCACUGGUAGGACUUUCCUUCCUUGCUCUCAUCAGCUCUCUGCUUCACUCUAUCAUCGCUCAGUCCGUCGGCGCAGCCCAAUGGAGGGUGGUCGACGUCUUCAUGACCAUCCAGCACGUUGCCAUCACUGCUCUCGUCAGCGUGAGCUUCCCGCAAGCCUUUGUCAGCUUUGCCGAGAACUUCGCCUGGUCAAUCGGUAUCGUCAAACUCGGCGGUCUUCAGUCCUCGUUGACUUCGACCCGGGUAGCUACCGGCGGAAGCGAUACAGCGGUACUGGGUUCAGCUCUCACCGCUCAACUUGGAAGGGACACAUCGGUCUGGCUCGACUCACAGGCUUCUUCCUCCGGCUCUACAUUGGACUUCAUCAACAGCUUGGCUAUGAACCUCGUUGGGGCCUCCGCGGACUUCACACCAGUCGACCAGUCUGAGCUGUCCGUUCUGACAGCUAACACGUCUCACUUCCAGGCUGUGUCUCCGUAUCCUGGCAUGGGAUACUGGAAGCGUGCUGCAGCUCUGUAUGCUCCCAACACCGGUCCCGGAGGAUACACAGUGACACAAACCACCACUGGUACCCUUCCGCUCAUCAGCAACAACAGUGAUACUGCUGUUGGCGGUCUCGUAGUUCUCACAGGCCGAGCUGGCGUCCCCUCCAACAAUGCGUUUAUGACGUUCCUGGUGUCGAUGUGGAUCUUCAUCGGUAUCAUCCUGGCAGCCAUCGGCGUCACCCUCCUCCUCGUAGCUCUCUUCCGCCUGCUCACAAAGAACAGCGAGAACACUACAGCGCAUUGGUCUAGGCGUGUUACCAGGCCCUCCGAGGUGGGAUAUCUCGUGGCGGCGUUCAUGGGUCGAGCUCUGCUUGUCAUCUUCCCUGUCUUCUGCAUCUUCGCCUUCUACCAAUGGCGCAAUGGCGACUCGUGGGUACCGGACUUCUUGGCGGCGAUCUUCAUGGUCUUCCUCCUGGUAGCGAUUGCGGUCUUCUUUGUGCCAUUGUUCAAGAAUGCCCGGCGCACCUCUUCGAAGUCUCUUUAUUAUGAGAGUACACCACCGGUCCUUGCGAACAGGGCGACGAAGCGAUGGGGGCACAUGUCUCAUCCUUAUCGUCCCCGCUUCUUCUGGUUUGCCCUAGCUUUCCUGUUCAUGGGCCUGGCCCGGGCUUGCUUCAUCGGCUUUGCCCAGGGCCAUGGCUUCGCUCAAUCUGUAGGCCUCUUGGUGCUGGAGGUCCUCUUCUUCUUGGUCCUCUGCGUCUUCCGAGUUGGCAGAGACAAGAAGAGCGACGCCGUCUUCAUCGUCCUGGCCAUCUUCCGUAUUGCCAGCUGGGCAGUAUGUGUUGCCCUGACGACCCGUGCAGGCUUGACCUACAUCCCACGGGUCAUUGUAGGCUUCGUAAUGGUCGUGGUGACUGGCCUUCCCGUCAUCUACGUCUUCAUCUUCUUGGUCGUCAUGGACCUCAUCUCGCCCUUCCGACAAAGGCGGGAGGACCUUGAGCCUCAGGGCAACAUGCAGGAGAAGGCUCGAGGCAGCUCCGAGGGCGAGCGUACAUACGAGACUGAAGGAGGUGGUCAGUCGACAUUCCCAGAGACGACGCCGCACUCGGAGUCAUCGGCUUCUGGAGAGACGAGCAUGGACCCCAGCCCUCCCCAGGCAAGCGUCGCUCCUACAGCUUUCAGCACAGCUGUCAAUGCAGGCGGAAGCGAAGCAGCACCCAGAGCCGAGGAGAGAAGGAGUGAAGUCGCUUAG